UGGGGUAUGAUGGCACCCGAUGUUACCGACCGUAUUGUCGGCUUUGCUCACUGCAUUCCUGGAACUUUUCAGUGGUAAACGACCUCACGACGAUGGCCUUGGAAAGGCCCCUCCACGACUGCGAUUUGAGCUCCGACACGAACACGCUAUUUCGCUCGCAGGGAACGUGAUAUUCUCCGACGUACGUCCAGUCGGAUUCGCUGAGACGAUACAUGAGCUUGGGUCGAGAUACAUAUCGUCGUUCCGACCGCCGUCUUUCGAGGAGUUCUCCGAGGCGAGGGUCCGUUCCAUAAGACAUGCCCAAAGCACCAGGCUACCGUGGUACGAAGACGAGAUUCUCGGGCCGGCUGUCGAGAGUAGGGAAACACUCCUGGAGCUUGCAAAGAUGACGAAUAAUGCCUAUGUGACUCCAAACGACACUGCAUGGUACAGAUUGGGAAACGGGUGGAUUCCUCACUACCCAUUCGGCUGGGAACCUGAUUCCGACGGGUUCCGUGGUUAUGUCUUUGCCACUCCAGAUAACUCUACGGUUGUGCUUUCCAUAAAGGGCACUUCAACAAGUUUGUUCGGGGGCGGAGGUCCAACGGCGAAGAAGGACAAGUUCAAUGACAAUCUGCUGUUCAGUUGUUGUUGUGCCCGUAUAGACUGGACGUGGACAGCUGUGUGUGGAUGUUACCGUGGGGGGUGGAAGUGUGACCAGUUGUGUUUGGAGCGGGCCUUGGUAGAAGAAAGUUUGUUUUAUCCCAUCGGAACGAAUCUAUACAAUAACUUAACGUACAUGUAUCCGCAUUCGAACAUAUGGAUCAUAGGGCACUCGAUGGGUGGUGCCCUGGCAUCUUUACUGGGUGUAACUUUUGGUGUACCUGUCGUUGCUUUUGAGUCUCCUGGAGAAAGGCUAGCAGCACAGCGGCUGCACCUUCCAUCGCCACCAUCUACGCAACAUGUGACACAUGUUUAUCAUACUGCUGACCCCAUCGCUAUGGGCACAUGUAAUGGCGUGCUUUCUUCCUGUUCUCUGGCAGGGUUUGCCAUGGAGACGAAGUGUCACCUCGGGGAGUCCAUCGUGUACGAUACUGUGAGCAACCUUUCGUGGUCAGUUGACGUUCGAACCCAUGGGAUCGUGACCGUGAUUGAAAACGUGUUGGGAAAGCCGUGGGCACCUUGUGACGAAGUGGGUCGAGAAGUUCCUAGGCCCAAGCGAGAGGUGGACUGCGUGGAGUGCUAUAGUUGGGAGUUUGGCGACUUCCCGCCUAGCUGAAGCUGGGGGAGGCUUGCAGUGUGGUGGCGUCGAAGGCCUGGGUAUACCACUGAGGGCUAGACGUGCACAGGUCAUUCGAGUACGUGAAGAAGCAGUCAUAACUCACAAGUAAUGCAUCUACAUGUGAUGAUCGAGGUGUGAUAAACUGAUAGAAUAGAUCUAAAUUGCUGAAUUUAUACGUACGAACGCAAAGGAAUGGUGACUGAGAAGAGGUGAAAUCUGCAACAAGUGGUACU